UCACCCCGCAUCGUCUGUCUCUGGACCUCUUUUGGUGCUGGGAUUCUUCGACUCCGUUUGCAACCAUCGAGCCAAGCUAAGCUACUACGCCCAAGCUACGAUCAGGGAAGGGAGGGGGCAUCGCAGCUGUGGUGCAUCACUGAAGCACCACCCCAACUAAACAAUCCGCUCUCACUCUUCACUGUGCUCAUGACCCUACUGUAUUAGGGUUUGCGUUUUGCUGGCCUUCGAGCUUUGAGCGCACAAGGGAGGGGGGAGGGAGACAACGUGAGAGAGAGAGAGAGACUAGGGUUACAAGCAUUUUCUCAAGAACGUCACCGAUCCAUUGCGAAGGCGGAGAGGGAGAGAGAGAGAAAGAGAGAGCUUUUGUUACCGACACCGGGGUUGCUAUGGCGUGAAUUGAUUUGGGUUGUUUUAGUGAUGAGGUUGGAGUUGGUGUAGGACCCGGCGUGAAGAGGGAGGGCAGAGGCGUGCGCGGGGUCGUAUUUGAUGUCUCAUCCACGAGUGACUGUCACCUUGGGGCGCGGCGGGAAGCGGGUCGAGAGGCGCGUUACAGCCCCCGCAGAGAUGUACGCCGAUCGCUCGAAUGGGGUAGGGAAUAGGAAACGAUCAAUUAGGGAUCGAUUGGGAGGCUUAAACGAGCCGGCCUUUGCUGGACCACAGUCAACUGCCAAAAGGCUAAGAGACGUUGAGGGACAAUGGAAACAUGAUAUGUACUUUGAUGACCGUGACGAUGGUCCUCGAGAACGCGGACAGGAUCUGCGGUCAAAGUUGCAAAGAUCGGGUUCAAGAACUGUUAACCAACCAAGAGCUGGAAAUGUUGUGGACUUGCGGGACAAGUUGUCAGGCCUUGCUGAUCAGAGCCAACAAACUUCACGAGCCCACGAAGCUCCCAAACUGCAGCGGCGAGUCGCGUCUGUAGUUUAUAACAGCUCCACUGUUACACAAGGUGUGGCCUCUGUGACUGCCCCUGCUCCUGUCUCAGCCAGGCCAGCUGCUUCAGUCAAGAGGCCUUCGGAUAUACCAAUGGCUGCAGAGCAGACCGUUCGAACUCUUCUCCAUUCAUUGGGACUCGAGAAAUAUUUGAUCACUUUUCAAACUGAGGAGAUUGAUAUGGCUGCCCUGCGAUUCAUGAGUGACAACGAUCUUAAGGAACUUGGUAUCCCAAUGGGACCCAGGAAGAAGAUCAUGCUGGCAAUCAGGGGCAAGGAAUGAAGUUAGGUUAUUGGGUUCCUUUUUUUUCUUUUCUUUUCCUUUUUCCCCUUAUUAUCAGGCACAAAUAGACGCAAAGGGGUUGGAUGAAUCCUUGAAUCUCAAGUUCAAGCCCCGGGUAGACGAACGAUGGGGUAGUUGUAACUGAAAAGUUCCAUGGUUUAUGCAUUGAUCAGUGAUUGGUUAGUGUGCGUAUAUGUAGGUGCCGAUUUUGUUGAACGAUUUCGCAACCAGUUUGAUGUGGAUAGUAAUGUAAGGUUGUAAACUGUGUCA